AUGGGAGAUUUCACAUUUGGUUUCGAGAUAUUUGAAGACGACAGCAAUAUAGACACUUCUUCUAAUGUUAAAGACCAUAGAGGACCAGAUGAUAUAACCUUGAGACCAGCUAAAGAGAUCUAUAUUCCUUACGAGACAAGAAAUGAGGAAAGGAGAGUUGUGUGUGUAUCAUGCGGUGAUGUGAACCUGUGCUACCUUCAUCCUCAAGAUGUAGAAGGAAUGAUUGAAGAAAAGAGUGACAUCAAGGAGGCUAUCACAACACAUUCUGAUCUCCUGCCGUCUGUUUAUGAAGGUGGGCUGAAAGUCUGGGAAUGUUCCUUAGACUUAGUCCAGUAUCUCCAGGAUUUGGAUCCCAUCUCUUUCUCUGGUCAGACUAUCCUGGAGCUAGGAUGUGGAGCCGGUCUACCAGGGAUCUACACUCUGAUGAAAGGAGCUACUGUCCAUUUUCAAGAUUAUAAUGAAGAGGUCCUGGAACUCCUGACCAUUCCAAAUGUCCAGCUGAACACCAUACCAGAGGUCUACAAAGAGAAAUGCCAUUUCUUAGCUGGGGAUUGGAGUUUAGUGCAAGAUCUCCUAAUGCAGGAAGGCACCGGAAUCUUUUCUCUCGUCCUUCUCUUUCUUAUUUCCUGUAUGUGUAUUACAUGUUCCAGGUAUGAUGUUAUUCUGACUUCAGAGACAAUAUACAGCUUAGACUCCCAACCCAGGCUUUACAACAUUAUCAGAAGCUUACUCAAACCAAAUGGAAAAGUAUUUCUUGCUGCUAAGACACAUUACUUCGGUGUAGGAGGUGGGACCAGGCAGUUUGAAGACUUUGUGAGAGAGAAGGGAGAAUUUGAAAUAGAAUCUAUAAAAGUUAUCAGUCAAGGAGUUCGGAGGGAGAUACUGGAAAUGCGGUUCAUACAGCCUGAGAACAAGGGAGCAAAGACGUGAGAACACAGCAAGCAAUCCUCAGAGCUUGUUGACUUGACACCUGGAACAUAGACCUUGGAGAAAUUCAUUUCUAAAGGAAUGAGGUUUAGACUAAAUGAAUCAGCUGUGUUUGUUUAAUAAAACAUCUACUCCUGAUGAUGGUAUUCUGGGUUUAUAUAAUGCUUAAUACAUCUACAAUGUCUAUAAGCGCUUUAAAGAUAUACUAUUACCUCAGUCAUCAGAUUCAGGCUUGCCCGCACACAAUGUAUGCACAUUCUCUACUGUCUUGGGAGAAUUUAAGUCGUGCCCCAUUUUACAGACGACAAAAUUCUUUAUCGCAGUUGUUUGAACUCUCUGCCUUUGGCACCUUAACGCUUGAAUUCGCGUAGAAGUUCCCUCUCUUCUGUCUCUCCACUAGAAUGCAUCACAGUAGCUAGAUGCAUUGGCCUAUGGGGAGAGAGACUGGAGAAACAUCAAGAGGAUGAAUGCAUGGCCAUUGACCCAUCUGAGACACUCCCUGCAGGAUCUGACUGACCAUGGAUCACAAUGGCGCAGUCUUAAAGGCCGUCUGUACUAGUUUGGCUAGCAGGGAUUAGACCACACAGGGUGGUCACUGACAGGUGGCUAUCUCAUCAACUCAGCUCUC